AAUCGUGUGUGUGCGCUUCAAAGUAUCAAUUUUGUCGUGGAUUUUUUUGGAAAUUCUGGAACUUCUGAUGGAAAAACAGCGCCAAAACUAACAGCGAAACAACAGCACCUAUUACGAUGGCGACCGAAGUGGUAAAAGGCUGUAGUGAUUUGCUGCAAGAGCUGGAUCGCGCCCGCAGCAACCUCAAAGGUCUGAACGAAAACAUCCGCAGAAUCAUCGGCCGAGAUCCGUCCGGCCCGGAUCAGUACAACAACGCGCGAAACACCGGAUACAACAACAACGCUGGUGGUCCAAAUGGAGGAAACAAUGUGGCCGGCGGUGGGUCCGGUUCUUUUGAAACACGGAAAAGACAUUCGGCGGGCUUCGAACCUUCCGGUGGGCCCGGCGGGGGUGGUCAGCGACGGGAUCAAGAGUGGCGGCACUCGGACGGUGGCCAACAUCCAGCCAAACGCCGUGCCAUAGGAGAAACAAAGUCCGUGUUCAGUCGCCUCUCGGGACCUCCGAAUCGCGAACCCGACUACGAGAAGCCCCGGAUUUUCUCCCGCGUUAUCAAGGAGCAGCCGUCAAAGGAAGAGAUUGUGGCUGCGCAGGGUUCCGACGAGCGGUCCCGUGCCCGAAAUCGGCGCAUCUUCGGCUCGCUGCUUGGCACACUGCAAAAGUUUUCUCAGGAAGAAUCGAAACUCAAAUCCAAAGAGGAAAAGAAGGCCCUGAUCGAGAAGAAGCUCGAAGAGCAGGAAAAAAUCGAACGGGAAAACAUGCGCAAGGAAAAACAGUGUCUGUUCACUGACCGCAAGCGGCAACAGCUGGAAAUACGCGCACUAGAAGCGAAGGUGGCCAAGUUGAAGGAUCUGGAGCUGUGGGAAGAUGCCAAGCGCCCAUUGCGAAACUUUAUCCAAACGAAAACCAACCCACCGAUAUUCUUCCUUCCCAAGCGAAUGGAUCCUGCCAUGGAGAAGAAACUCGCAUACUGGCAACAGGAACAUCAAGCCAUAAUGGAUCGCAAGCGGCAAGAGGUGAUGGAUAGUGUAGAAGCUAUCGAGGCACGGUUCAAGGCGGAUGUGAAAAUGCUCGAAGAAAAUGGGGCCCGAAAUCGAGCCAAUAAUGCAGCCUUCGAUCGGUCCGCUGUGGACCCCACGAAGGAAACGGAAGGUUUCGAGGGGGCCGAUGCCGGCCGAAGCGCCUCCAAGCAUGAUCGAUUGAACGCGGAGGAGGAAGAGGAUGACUAUGAUCAACACACUUCGUACCAGUACGAGCACGAGGAGCAAAGUGAAGUUCCGGAAGGGCCGGCACUUCCAGCUUCCAUGGUGUCCGGGUUUAAGAUAACCAUCCAAAACACCGAACACAAAAAAGAUGUAUCUUCUCAAGAAACUCAGAACGUUCGAGUCGUGGCAACCGAGGCACCGGAAGCAGAUGCUUCCGAUUCGAUCAUGGAUCACGAUUCGGAUGGUACCAACAGCAAAGAGGUGCACGUCGACAAGAUGGGCAAAAACAUACAGAUCACUUUCAGCACGGAGGCAAACUGAUCGCCUGACCAUACGAAACGAGAAGCACGCUCCGGACCCCUUUUCGGUACUAUAUUGAUCCCAUUAUUACCACAUAGAAUGAGCUGUCCAGUAAAUUUCGAAUGCUACCAUCUUUUGGUUGGUAGCUUGGAUUAGUGUGUGCAUGCCGUAUCGCCGUGCAGACAUCGUCCGGCUCUGAGAGUUCAUCAUCAUCAGCAAAGUUCCAGUCAGCGUAGGAAGAAUAUUCAUGGAUUUUCGUUAUGGAUUGACCAACCGCAUGUCAGCUUCGCAAACAAACACUGUAACGAGACAGUGUUUAGCUAAUAAACUAAUAGGUUUUCUUACAUCUCAAAA